AGAGAGAGAGAGAGAGAGACUUCGCUUACUACUUUUUCUUUCCCAUUUUCCUUUUUCACAUACAAAAUCCGAACCGAUUUUCUCUCCAACCAAACAACCAAAGCUUCGUCUCUUUUCUCUUCUUUUCUUUCUUCACUGAUAAUGGAGAUCCAGGAAAAGUUGAUGAGAUUCAAGUUCCACAUCCUGAUAACGCUCGUUCUCUGCUUCGUAAUCACUACGCUGAUCCUCGUCGCCCCCAAAUUCCUCACCAUUUUAGCUUACUUCUGGCCACUUCUCCUCUCCACCGCUCUCUUCCUCAUCGCCGUACUCGUCUUCGCUAAAACCUCCUUACCUCCCGCCGCCGCCGAUAAAACCGGCGAAGGUCUCCUCGAUUACGUCGCCGGACAACCCGACCUCCACCACCACCACCAUCACCACAACCACAACAACCACCACGAUGAGGUUGAACAGCCAAUCAAGCCACUCGAUGAACACGCCGUAGAAAGCUCCUCCAAGGCCGAGUAGAUAGUUCCAGAACCAGAGCCAUAGUAAGCUCAUCCAAAAUCACUGUAACUCCUUUUUUUUUUCUUUGAGAUUUUCUUCCUUUGUAGUUUGACAUAACGCUUUUUUUUCUUUACUGUAUAUCUUGGGAAGAAUAA